AUAUUCAUAUGUUAUAGAAUCAAAAAAUGUUUUUUAAACCUGUUAGUUGUAUCUGAUAAGUUGCAUAUUAAAUGAAACUCAUUUUCCCAGGGUUCUUUGCGAAAGAACCACAAACGUCUAGCAGAACCCAAUCAGAAAAUAGCACAUUGCAAAUAAAAAUGGAAAUGUAAACAAAACAUAAAAGUUAUAUGUUUGUAUUAAACAACCAAAAAUAUUUUUCUUUUACUAUUAAUAAUAUCUAAUGAGUUGUUAGUUAGCAGCGCUGUGAGGGGGCGAUUGUGUUUUAUAAAUGUACGUGCAGCAAUAUAUAUGUAUGUAGAAAUUUAAUUUAGAGUACUAUUUGUAAAUAAAAAUGCUUUGUUUCAGUAAAACACACACGCAAAAGAAAAUAAAAAUAAAAUAAGAAGUAUCCUACGUAUUUUCCUUUGCAACUUUAAGGCAUUUACCCAAAGUUCUUUGCGGAAAGAAAAACAAAAAUGGCGGCUUUCCGGUGUAGUAGGAGAUGAACUGAAUUGGAAACAACCUGCUCCCCAAUCCGCCACAAAACGACCAUAGCGGAUUCAUCGCAUAAUUUCACGCACGGAACCGCAGAUAAACGGUCAAAUGCCUUCUCCUAAAGCAAAAAACUCUGCGCGAAGCGGAAGCCCGGUGCCCGGCGGCAGCUCGUUUGAAUUCAUGUCGCUGACGAAGCCGCUUAACCGGUCCUCGCCGCUCCACGUCCAGCGCCAGGGCUCUGACCCGACCACCGCACGUCUACGAGCGUCGGAAAGUCCCACUCGGCGCCGUGGCUCCAACUCCUCCACGGCCUCGGGGCCACCUGAAGAGGACGGCAUACGGCUCAACCCUUCACUCAUCCGCGUCGCGCUCAGCUCCCUGCUCGCCAUCGACCUGUGGAUGUCGAAGCGGUUGGGGGUGUGCGCCAAGGAGGACUCGUCCUGGGGGAGUGUGCGACCCGUCAUGAAACUGAUUGAGGUCUCGGGACACGGCAUUCCAUGGUUGGCUGGUACCGUAUACUGUUUGUACAAGAGUGACAGUGCUGCAGGACAAGGAGUCAUGCUUAACCUUCUAAUAGGACUUUUGCUGGACCUCGUCCUGGUCGGCAUCGUUAAGGCCGUGGUGCGCCGCCGCCGUCCAGCACAUAAUCGAAUGGACAUGUUUGCCACCUUCUCUGUGGACCGCUUCUCCUUCCCCUCUGGCCACGCAACGCGCGCCGCCAUGUGUGGCCGCUUCCUGCUGGUCCACCUGGUGCUGGCUGCACCGCUGAGGGUCCUCGUCGUCCUCUGGGUGCUUCUGGUGGGACUGAGCCGUGUGCUGCUGGGCCGCCACCAUGUCACUGAUGUGCUGUUUGGCUUCUGGAUGGGCUAUUUCCAGUACAACAUAGUGGAGAUGAUGUGGCUGUCGACUGAAACUCUACAAGAGCUGCUGGGACAAACCGUUUUAAACUGAGCCCUGCAGAAAGAGGAUAUUUCUAUCCUAACACCUUUCUCUUGUUCUUUACAUUCACAUUGAUUCAUUCAUUUUUCUUAAACACAUGUUGUUCCUUUCUUCUAAAACUGAACAGUCAACCGAGAAUUCUGGCAUCCGUAGUAAAGGCACUAAGCAAAUAGUUCAAUGUUUAAGCUUUCAGUGGAUUUGUGGAGGACAUGUCCUCGCAUGAAGAUUUCUUUCUUUCGAUCUUUUUGUCCUUGUUUGUAUUUCACACAUAAUAUAUGAAUAUUUUUAACUGUUUUUACUGUUCGGCCUUUUUUUUUUUUAAAUUAAUCAUCAGCCAAAUCUUAUCUGCUCAGAUAAAUUCCAUGAGCGAAAUGAUUUUGCAUUUGUUAUCAGAAAUGUUUCGAUCCAGAAUGCACUUUUAGACCAAAUGCACUGAAAUAUUGAGGCUGUGGGUGCAGCUUUUAAAUCACAAGAUUACAGCUAAAUUCCUUAGUGGAAAAAUGUACUUAAUGUACUUUUAUCAGUGCAGUUCUGAUCUGAGGUAGUCAUUUUCUGCAAAAUAGGUUUAUGUUUUAUCUCUAAUAUUCCAGCAAGCAAAUACUGCACUAAAGCUUUAGAUGUUUGCAUGCAGACUGUUUGCUGGCAGAAACUACAGGUUUUUUCUCGCUAUGCUGUAAAUGCGUACAAAAGUACUGUACUCCACUGAAGACUUUGCAACUUUUUACCGCUGGUAAAACUGGCAGCAGUUUGGUCUCCAAUUAGACCCACAGCGCAUGAAGUCUUGCGUAACGGCUUUACGUCAUCUUCACUGGUUCUUAUCCUCGGAAGAUUGGUGGCAGUAGAAGUCUGUGAUCUUGUCACUGCUGCACACAUGAUUAUAUGCAGCAGGAUACAUUUCUGCUUUCAUCUUCUUCUAAGCAAUAUGAAACUUAUCAGUGUUCUUAUUUUUGUCAAAAACAUGAAAUUAUAGAAAAAAAUCAACAAACGACUGUUAUGUGGAAUUUCAUUAGUCAGUGCUGAGUAGAUUUCCAUAAAAGUGUGCUGCUUUUGCCUUUUAUACAGUAAAGUAGAUGUAUUUAGCAUGGAAUAAUGUUCAACCUUUUCUUGUUCUGUGUUAAAAAAAAAACAAAAAAAAGCAUCAGAUUCCAAAAAAAAGGAAAAACCAAAACAGGAAAUUGAAAUUUCAGCAUGAGCUGAGCACAGACCUCUUGUCUAUUCUCAUCAGUUGUUUUUAUUUGUGGAAAAUAAUAUAUAGUUUACACUGAUAAUCUUUAAAAAAAAAAAAAGAGCAAUAUUGGAAUAUAAGUGAUGGCGCCAUGCAGUGUGACUGUGCUCGCUUCCAGAAGCGACUGAAAACGAGUCACAGCAUCAGAUACUAUUGAAAGGAAAAAUAUCAUCUGUUAUUCCGAAUCUUGCGUCAUUCCAGAACUGUGAAAUCAUUCCCGAGGACCCUGUAGAUAUUUCCUAUGUUUACAUUUACGAUACAACAAACAUGGUUUUACGAAUCCACGCAGCUUCAGCCUUUAAGGCGCAUUUUAUGCAUUAGUGUCACAUUAUGCAGGAAGUAAUGCUUAGAUGACAAUGUGCUGAGGUGAAUGUAAUAGUUCCUCACAUACAGCCUAGAAUUUCACUGAUUUCACUGUGCAAUAGUCUGUCAAGCUGCCAAAAGGGUCACAUUGUUGUUUUUCUUCUAUGUCACGACAACCAAAGUAGACCUGCAGACCGGUUCUGUUACCCAGAGAAAGAGAUGCUUUUUUGGAUCUGUAAAUUGAAAUGAUUGGUUUAAAGUCAUUCCAGCUGCUGCCCAAACACCUUUGUAUUCAAGAGUUUAUUUUAAACAAUAAUCUAUUGUGACAAUAAAACACAAUUUUUACUUGAAGUUAUUUUAUGAUCAUAUGAAUCCCAUGAAGUUAGGGGUUUUCCUGUCUUGCUUCAUAUUGCCUUUACAACGUUCAAAGUUGUUGUUUCCAUCCUGCAUGAGUUCCCUGCUCUCUGAUGGGUUAAGCAGAGUUUCACUAUCUAGAAUACCAGCAGUCAGCUUGAGCUGGAACAUUUGGCUCCUGCUAGUUUACAUUAUUUUUCACAAGAUCGCUCUGUUUGGAUGUUUUUUUUUCCACCUGCUUUGCUUUCAUCAAGAUUAAAAUGUGCUUUGUGUUAAUUGAUUGAAUCAAAUGGGAGAUAAAGGGAUGUAAUCUUCUAUUCUCUUUCAUUCUUUGAUCGCUCUGUGUCCUCUUUCUUCUUCCCACUGCAAUUUUUUGGGUAAUAAAAAAACAAUAGCAAUAGGCUGGAAUAUAGAGUUUAUGACCAAAUUAGUUUAGAAACUUUUUUUUUUUAAAUGUCUCAAAACCAAAUGAAAUUGUUAGUGUUAAACAAAAAAAGUUGUCACUUUAGAUCUUUGUUGGUUGGAGUGAUUUUUGCACAUCACACGUGAGAAAAUGAAACUUUAUUUAUUUUUUUUGUCUGUGCACCUCUUCAUCCUAGUCACCUUAUUCUGUUCUGCACAUCAAACCAGCAUUUUUUCCUACACUCAGUAAUAUGCCUGCUAUGUAUGAUAGAUGUUUCUGUGUUUAUUGUGCCGAUAUGAUUUUUGGACAUAUUUACAUGGUGAUGUAACUUCUGUGCCGUUAUAGAUGGGUUUAAAGCUGCUGUCAGAUAUUCUCUGAUUUCAGUUGUGAUCAUUUCUUAUUAAAAUGGGAAGAAACUUGA